UUUAUCUCAAAGUUAACAAAGCAACCGUGAAUAUGCUGCGUAGGGUUGAGCCAUAUGUUACCUAUGGGUACCCUAAUUUGAAGAGUGUAAGAGAAUUGAUCUACAAGAGGGGCUUCAGAAAAGUUAACAAGCAGAGAAUUGCUUUGACAGACAACUUUAUUAUUGAGGAGACUCUGGGGAAGAAUGGGAUCAUUUGCAUCGAAGAUCUGAUCCAUGAGAUAAUGACUGUUGGACCUCUCUUCAGGGAGGCAAACAAUUUUCUAUGGCCUUUCAAGCUCAAAGCUCCCCUAGGUGGUCUUAAGAAGAAAAAAAUCAUUAUGUUGAAGGUGGUGACGCUGGCAAUAGGGAAGAUUACAUAAAUGAGCUUAUUAGAAGGAUGAAUUAGUUUUUUUGUCAUAUCAUCGUUAGUAUAAAUUUUGAAUUUAGAGGUCAAGACCCAAGACAUUACUUUUGUUUAUGCAUUUAUUAUUUUGAAUGAUGUUUGAGCUUAUUGAGAUAUUAAUUCAUUGCUUGCAAUGCAAGGAAAUGAUCCUUAGUUUUUCGAGA